UUUUUUUUUUUUUUUUAAAUAUAAGAAAAAUGGCUUUUACCCUCGUCAAAUGUCCCUUCUGGGUUACAAGGCUCAUACUCACUGCGCAAUUGACCUCACGUAACUGAGGCGCCUUCACCUACGAAGGGUGGAUAAAAGUUGACAGAGGAAGGGUGUCCCGUGUACCCACGUGUUCCCAUAGAGGUCUUGGACACUAGACAGAACCUGCCUCUGACUGCAUUGCUACUUGGACACAUCAAAGACCUUUCUCCUGGAAACUGACAGAUUUCUGGCCACAUGACAGAGCUUGUGGGGGACAGCGUGGAGCCUGAGAACCAUUCUUGCUUCAGUUGAGGGAGGAGACAGGCUGCCUUCUAGCUGUAUUAGCUGGGGCGGUACAGGGCAUAGAGCUGUAGUCUCAAGAUCCCUCCCCAGUCUUCCUGAGCUGUGGGCUUUAGACCUGCCCUUCCCCCGCAGGCUGCCCCCUCUUACCAUGCAGCCACUCCCCCCUUCGCCACAGAGCAGCUGCUCUGGCUCUGUCCUGGCAUCUGGCCCUAUCCCAUGCUGCCCCUGGGUUGUUUUCUGUUCAAACCCUGCUUGUUUUCUGUUCAAGGCUGGGUGCUUAGCAAUUACUUUCUCAGUAAGUUGGGUCCCCACUGUGGCUUUAUGCUGUCAGGCCGUGGUUAUGUAGAUGAUGUCACUGAGCAGGGGCAGGCCGUGCACAGUGGGACAGGUGAUGUUGGCUAUGGGGCUCCUCUAGGUCAGGGUGGGCUUGAGGAGGCUGCAGGGCGAAACAGUGGCAAGGCUUAUGGAGACUUGGUAAAUCCACACACACGUGCGCCUCUGGUAAGCAGAGAACUAAAACCGAGAACACUGGUGUAGCCACAGGUGAUGUCCUGGUGGGGCGUCUCAGCCUUAUGCACCUGGCGAGUUUCGUGUGUAUCAGCUGGUAGCCACCCCCCCCCCCUGCUGUCUCAAGAGGCAGGGCUCUCCUGUGGCCCACAGGUCUGCAGCAGAGGCAUCAUUCAGCCUCCCUGUGCAGGGCAGGAACAGGCACCAUGCGCAUCUGCACAUGACCCGGUGUUGGCCUCUCCCCACCUCCAUGACCACCAACCAUUUCCUCCUUCCUAGUUACGCUCCAGCCCUUCUGUACUCUUGCUUCUCAGUUGGAAAUUAAGACACCGAGCCCCUGAACUGUCCCUUCCCAUAGAGUCCUCCCCACACCACUCAGGACAGCUUGGAGUCCAUUCUGAACCCUCCCUACAACCCUGGUCUGCAGCUCUGACCCUAGGCCUGGGCCUGUAUUGGCAUUUUUCAUUGUCAUUGUUCAAACCCUGCCUAAGGUCACUUCACCGUGGUCCGCACGUGGUUCCCCAUAGUCGGAUGCCUUCAAUGAACUGCAGAAGCAAUGUCUCUUUCCCUGUACUUCCAAGCCUGGGUGACUGGCCUAGCUGUUGCCUGGACAUCCGAAGUCCACCCUUCUAGCUGUUUUGAAGCACACUGUUCUUCACUGUCCCCCUCCUGAGCUCAGGACUCUGUACCUUCCCCUAGACAAUGUGACACUGUGUCUGGCCGUCACCCCCUCUCUCCUUCAGAACUCAACUGGAGAGACUGACAGCCUGAGUGGCUGGUUGCUGCUUAGAGUUGCAAUCCCAGGGGUCUUCGUGGUAUGACCGCACAGGCUGUGUCCCUGGAGGGACGGGGCUCAGCUGUGCUGCUGUCUGCUUAGAGAGCUCCAGAGACCAGGCAAGAUGGGAAAUGCCAAGAGCCUGUCGAGCCAGAAAAUGGGUUCCAAGUUCCUGCCCGAGGAGCAGGCUGAGGUGGAUAGGCUGUUUGAUGUCCUGUCAUUUAAUAAAGGUGGCUCGGCCGCGGGGACGUUCUCUCUGGAGGCGCUAAAGAGCCACGUCAAGGAGGCUCUUCCUCCGGUGAUGGUCACCAGACUAUACAAAGGCAUGUGGAGGGUCAAGGCCAUCCACAAGGCACAAGGGGGCAAGAGGAAUGUCUCCCGGGAGCAGUUCACAGUGUUCCUGUCCCACCUGUUGAAAGGCAGCUUCGAGGAGAAGGGCCGCAUGGUUAUGAAAAUGAUCGUAACUGCAGAGGGUCCUGUGACGGCCAGAGACGUCCAGAAGUUCACAGAGGAACUGGUGACCUCUGUGGUGCACGUGCUGACCCACCGGCAUGAACUUCGAGGCUGGACUGGGAGGAAAUCCACAGUGUCCCCCAACAGUGUGCAGGCCAUGGCUGCCCAACUGCUCUCAGAGAUGAAGUUUCAAGAUGGCCAUAAGUUUCGGGGGCCUCAGUGCCUGGACCAGGUCUGCGACCAAGCUGUGAUUGAGGACUGGGUGUUCCAUGUCCCUCACGUGGGCCUGUUUCUGAGCGUGGUCAUCCAUCGGGGCCUUCGCCUCCUGAACUCAUCCGUGGACCUUUCCCCACUGGUCCCCGAGCGCCACGUGGAUAAGGGGCAGCCGUUUGAGAGCAUCCUGGACGUGCUGCCGGUCAUCUACCUCAACUCCCACCUGGCCACAGAUCAGCAGCACCGCUGGCGGCUGCUCUUCUCCACACAGCUCCACGGACAGAGCUUUUCCCAGCUGUGCAGCCGCAUCACACACCAAGGGCCCUGCCUGGUUGUCCUCGAGGACAGGGAUGGCUAUGUCUUCGGUGGCUUUGCCUCCCGUUCUUGGGAGGUCAAGCCUCAGUUUCAAGGGGACAACAAAUGCUUCCUGUUCUCCAUCACGCCCAGCAUGGCCACGUACACGUACACAGGCUACAAUGACCACUUCAUGUACCUCAAUCACGGACAGCAGACCAUGCCCAAUGGACUGGGCAUGGGUGGGCAGCACCAUUAUUUUGGGCUUUGGGUGGCUGCAGACUUUGGGAAAGGACACAGCAAAGCUAAGCCCACAUGUACCACCUACAACAGCCCACAGCUGUCUGCCCAGGAGGACUUCCAAUUUGAUAAAAUGGAGGUGUGGGGGCUCGGCGAUGUCUUAGAGACGUGUCUGGUCAAGAACAAGAAGAGCAUCCUUGACUCGGAUCCUGCAGCCCAGUCCCUGCUGGAGAUCAGUGGACGGACUCGCCACAGUGAGGGACUGCGGGAAGUGCCUGAAGAAGAUGACUGAGGCUCCUGAACCGUGGGCUUCCUGGAGCAAGGGCGGGGACUCCCCCAGGGAUACAGUGCACAGGGCAUCCAGAUUCCUCACAGUCAGGGAGACAAAACCCUGCAGACCCUCUGCCCUGACUCUGGCUUAGCUUUAACACCAGCCACAUGGCCACAGCCAUGCCAAAAGAAACCCCUCUGAAGCCAUAUUGAUGGGUGUUGCCUCCCAGGAUCCCUAUGCAUAAGUUAGAACGUUGGCCUUAUACUUUGUUCAUUUCCUGUCAGUGGAAUCCAAGACAAAGAGGCUUGAAACCUGCCGGAACUGGUGAUGGGUAAGGGCGUGUAUUCUUGCCUCAGGAGGCAGCUGCAUGCGUGGCCUUUGCUCUGGGUCUCAGUGGACACCCUGAUGACUCAUCAUGAAUGGAAAGACAGAGGUGCUUAGAUGAACAUCUUGGUACUUUGUAAGAACACCCUCAGCACCACCAUGGGACUUCUGAGUUUGUAGCGAAAGCUCUGAAGGUAAUGUUUCUGGGGGCAGGACUCCUCAGAGCAGGUUUGGGAUGGGGUUCCCAUCUAGUUUUCUCAACACUUUUUUUUUUAAGUGAGUCAGAUGAGCAAAUGGGCGAACUUGACCUAUCUGCACAGAGACCAAGUCAUUACUCUGCUGCUAACUAAAUUUGAGGGCAUUUGGAGGGAGCCAGAGUCUGGGUGCUUGCUUAAUGGAUGCCCAAGAUCCAUCCCUUAAGUCAGUGGUGGGGGAUGCCCAGCCUUGGCUUGGAGUGGCAGCUUCUAGGUGCCUUCUCUGGGGUCACAGCUCAAGGCUCCUCAGAAGGAGGGUGAGUGAUGGGACAGAAAGACUCCAGCGAUCCCGAAAGACUGACGAGGACUCAGGUAGUCAGGCUGCCCAGCACACUGUAAGUCAUUGCCACCCAGUGUCACCCACUCAGAGGAGCCAUGGGCCCUUCUCUGAGACCUCUACCUCUUCCCUUUGCUUUGUGCUGCAAACCUCAACUUUACAGAUCUCCUGUACAGUUUGCCUCAAUUAAAAGCCAUAGUAAGUUCAGCAUUUUUCCAGUUCUGCACUUUUUGCCCAGGAAUCUCCUGGAAUACUCCAUGUAACCAUCUUGAGCACAGAAGAAGGUCUGAGGCACGUACCUUCCAAACAGAAGUGCUAUUUCUGUUGGGGGGGGGGAGGUGUGUGGUACAGACAAGGCCUGGGCCAUUUUGGUUUUCUAGGUAAGAAGCCAGUUGCCAAUAGUAUGUGGGAUAGAGAAAAAAUACUGGAGUCUUCGGGCAACCCUGUUGUAACCUCACAGAAUUAGGUCACUGUG